AUGGGUGUCACACAUCGAGAUCUGAAACCUGAAAACAUCUUGCUCACUCGCGAAACUGCGGAUGCACCGGUAACAGUGAAAAUUGCCGAUUUUGGUUUGGCAAAGAUGGUACAUAACCAGACCAUGCUCGUAUCUAUGGUUGGUACACCUCAAUAUCUCGCUCCAGAGGUGGUAAUGCAAGAUAAGCAGCAACCUGGAUAUGAGAAUGUGGUUGAUUCAUGGUCUGUCGGGAUCAUCGUAUAUAGUAUGAUGACAAAGGCAUUACCCUUCGAUGAAGACGGAGAGAUCCCUGUAGAGCAACGUAUAAAAGCUCGUUUCACUCAACCGGCAGAUGAAGAGCUCCUACAUCGACUAGGGAUCAGCCAAGUGGCGAUUGACUUCAUUUCGGGGCUGCUGGCGAAAGAUCCUAGAGCAAGAACGACGAUGGCCCAAGCGUUGGAUCAUGAAUGGUUGUCUGGCCCAUCUUCACAAAUAACCGCAUCUCAACCUCAAUCACAGCAUAUACUAGGCGGUGAUUCCGUUUGGUCAAUUGAAUCGUUCGAUGAAGACUAUCCACCUUCAAACGGUGCAGAUCUGUACGGCGAUAACACAAAUGAUGAUUUGGGAAGAUGGAGUAGACCUAUGACUGCGUCUGGAACAAACUAUGAAUCAUUAGGAGAAUAUCCUUCAGAGGAAAGUUUCAGUCAACCUAUGGGUAAUUUGCAUUUGAAUACACCACUUAAUCAGAGAAUGAUCAAGCAAGAAUAUAAAUCGGAACGGAUAUCCAGCGAAAUUCCAAUAUCAUCUGAACCUAUCUCACCGCCUUCUUCAGCUUUAUUAGUAGAUCUGGAUACUAAAAAAAAAAAAGAUGGAGAUAAUGGUGAUAUAAAUGUAGGCUUACUGACACCCAUAACACCGAAUAUGAAACGGCCCGAUCAACCGACCAAUGGAGGUGAUGUCAAUGUAAACAUUGAUGUUAAUACUAUAUCAAAAAGAAAGAAUGAUGAUGACCUGUUCAGUUCGGGAAGUUUGUCUCCGCCACCAAUAAGCUCCAAACCUCUACCAAAACCUAUACCUCAAUCUGGACCUCAAAAUAAAGAUGAAAAUGUCCUAGACGCUGCUGUGGAGGUCUCAUCCAAACCUGUAUCAAUAGAUAAAUCAUUGCCUACUAGACAAUCUACGAGGUCAACAAGAGUUAGAAAAUCAAUGAGGUUGGCUUGA